GAUGUUAUUAAUACCCUCAUCUCCAUCUCACAAAUCUUCUUCAAAUAAACACAACCAAAGAGCAAUUCCUUUCCAUGACCUCUUUUUCUUUCUCUACAACGCAACACAAACACCUCUCCAUCUCUUGGUCUUUAUAACUAUGAUUAUGAGCCUUUGCAAAAAGAGCGUUCACUCUUUCUUUAACCUCACCACCUCCUUAGACACCACCAUGAAUGACCCUCACAAACUCUCUUAUAAUCAAUGUCAUUCUCAAAUUUCUUCUUCUCCUUCUUCUUUUUUAUCAGGAGGGUUAGGUUUGGUCACUGCAAAUGAUACCCAACACUCACCAAAUGUUCUUGAAUCAUCAUCAAUCAAGGCCUCAUCGUCAUCACCACCAUCAUCACCUUGCUCUUCUCCACCUCCUAAGAAAGAUCCAGGUGGGAAUUCUGGCUUUUUCUUGGAUGAUAUAGGAGAUGGCAUCGUUGACGGGUUGACGUCUUGCACUGAGAGUCUUGGGUUUGAGAGUUCAGAUGAGAGGCGUGUAGAGGUUGAUAGGAAUAAUGAUAUUAAUGGUAAUGAUGAAGGUGGGGUUUGUAGUAGGAGGAUGAGGAGGAGUAGAAUGAAGUUUGGUGAAGUUAAGAAGUUUCCUCCACCGCUUUCUUCUUUGAAUCACAAUGGAAGAAGGAGCUUCUUCCUGCGUGCAGUGAGGAAAGAUGGCAGGCUUGAGCUCACUGAGGUCAGGCUUGAGCGGGCUGACACUCUCCGUGCUUCUCGCGAAGAUGGAAGGUUGAGAUUGCACCUCAUCCAAGAUUGCAUAGAAGAAGAACAAGAAGAAGAAGAAGAAAAUUUAGAAGUAGAACAAGAAGAAGAAGAAAAAGAAAUGGUAGAAGAAGAAAAAGAAGACGAAGAAGAAGAAAUGGUAGAAGAAGAGGAAGAAGAAGAUGAAAAAAUGGUAGAAGGGGUUGAAGAAGAUAUUGAAGAAGAGAGAGUGGAGGAGUGGAAGUUUCCGGUGAGUGGAGAGGGAUUAAGGCGGUGUAUUGAGAUGGCGAGCCAUGAUCAUCAUAAUCAAUAUCAUCAUCAUCACCAUCACCAUCAUCAUAGUAAUCACCACCACAACUUGAAUGUGUGGAGGCAGCAUUGUGUGACUACCGGCUGAAGUUAGCAUGUUUAUUCACAUGACAGGCAACAACUCUAUAAGGUGGUGUUUUGUGAGGGAGUGUAUGUUUGUGUGUGUGUCUUUUUUUUUUAGAGCCUGUUGAUUUUUUCUGCAAUGUGUUACAUCUGGCGCCAAAUUUAGCAGCUAGAGAUAGUUGCAUAUGAUGUGUCCCAGCUCAAAUUUUGGCGUGGAUACAACAGUGGAGUUUCUGUGGGAAUGACACCAAGUGAAAAUUAAGCUCUCAAUAGCCAACACAAAGGGAAAAAAAAGAGAGGAGAGAGAGAGAGAGAGAGAUUGCCAAAUUUAGAAAAGUCUCUGUUAGGAGGACAUGACACAGUUUCACUUUUUUUUAUCUUUCCAAAUCCAAAGCUCAUCUUCCAUCAAAUAAAGAAAAAAUUUGUAACACCCACCAUUAUCAGAGAAUUCACCCAAAAUCAAUUUCUUUGUAAAUUGAUUUUUUGUUUAAUUGGUAUGGGAAUAGGAUAAGUGCUCUCAGAAUUUGUGUACAAGGACUUCCAAGACUGAUGCUGAGUAAACAAUUAAGUUUGUACCCAAAAAAUAAAAAAGACAUCUUUUGUAUUUACAUUUUUGUUCAUGAAUAAAUUCCUAGCAUGUAAAUGGAUAUGCUUUUGUCUAGUA